AUGAAAAACUACCCUGCUGACAACCCCAAGCUCUCCAUCUGCCGUGUUUCCACACCUCCUUCUCUCCCAGGUGCCACCAUCAGCCUGGUGAACGGCGGGAGCCGCUGCGAGGGUCGCGUGGAGAUUUCCCAUUCUGGGGGCCGGGGCACUGUCUGUGAUGAUGGCUGGGGCCUGAGCGAUGCCCAGGUGGUGUGCAGGCAGCUGGGAUGUGGAGAUGCUGUUUCUGCAACAUCAGGGGCCUCCUUUGGACAAGGCAGUGGCAGCAUCUACCUGGACGAUGUGAACUGUGCAGGCUGGGAGUCAUCCAUCUUCCAGUGCAGUCACCGUGGUUGGGGCGUCCACAAUUGCGGCCACAGUGAAGAUGCUGGUGUUGUGUGCUCAGGUACCACUGGUGCCACCAUCAGCCUGGUGAACGGCGGGAGCCGCUGCGAGGGUCGCGUGGAAAUUUCCCACUCUGGGGGCCGGGGCACUGUCUGUGAUGAUGACUGGGACCUGAGCGAUGCCCAGGUGGUGUGCAGGCAGCUGGGAUGUGGAGAUGCUGUUUCUGCAACAUCAGGGGCCUCCUUUGGACAAGGCAGUGGCAGCAUCUACCUGGACGAUGUGAACUGUGCAGGCUGGGAGUCAUCCAUCUUCCAGUGCAGUCACCGUGGUUGGGGCGUCCACAAUUGCGGCCACAGUGAAGAUGCUGGUGUUGUGUGCUCAGGUACCACUGAUUUAGUGCCUCAGUGCCUGGUGAACGGCGGGAGCCGCUGCCAGGGUCGCGUGGAGAUUUCCCACUCUGGGGGCCGGGGCACUGUCUGUGAUGAUGGCUGGGGCCUGAGCGAUGCCCAGGUGGUGUGCAGGCAGCUGGGAUGUGGAGAUGCUGUUUCUGCAACAUCAGGGGCCUCCUUUGGACAAGGCAGUGGCAGCAUCUACCUGGACGAUGUGAACUGUGCAGGCUGGGAGUCAUCCAUCUUCCAGUGCAGUCACCGUGGUUGGGGCGUCCACAAUUGCGGCCACAGUGAAGAUGCUGGUGUUGUGUGCUCAGGUACCACUGGUUUGGCUGCCUGCAUCCUGGUGAACGGCGGGAGCCGCUGCGAGGGUCGCGUGGAGAUUUCCCACUCUGGGGGCCGGGGCACUGUCUGUGAUGAUGACUGGGACCUGAGCGAUGCCCAGGUGGUGUGCAGGCAGCUGAGAUGUGGAGAUGCUGUUUCUGCAACAUCAGGGGCCUCCUUUGGACAAGGCAGUGGCAGCAUCUACCUGGACGAUGUGAACUGUGCAGGCUGGGAGUCAUCCAUCUUCCAGUGCAGUCACCGUGGUUGGGGCGUCCACAAUUGCGGCCACAGUGAAGAUGCUGGUGUUGUGUGCUCAGAUGCCACCAUCAGCCUGGUGAACGGCGGGAGCCGCUGCGAGGGUCGCGUGGAGAUUUCCCACUCUGGGGGCCGGGGCACUGUCUGUGAUGAUGGCUGGGGCCUGAGCGAUGCCCAGGUGGUGUGCAGGCAGCUGGGAUGUGGAGAUGCUGUUUCUGCAACAUCAGGGGCCUCCUUUGGACAAGGCAAUGGCAGCAUCUACCUGGACGAUGUGAACUGUGCAGGCUGGGAGUCAUCCAUCUUCCAGUGCAGACACAACGGCUGGGGUGUCCACAAUUGUGGCCACAGUGAAGAUGCUGGUGUUGUGUGCUCAGGUACCACUGGUGCCACCAUCAGCCUGGUGAACGGCAGGAGCCGCUGCCAGGGUCGCGUGGAGAUUUCCCACUCUGGGGGCCGGGGCACUGUCUGUGAUGAUGGCUGGGGCCUGAGCGAUGCCCAGGUGGUGUGCAGGCAGCUGGGAUGUGGAGAUGCUGUUUCUGCAACAUCAGGGGCCUCCUUUGGACAAGGCAAUGGCAGCAUCUACCUGGACGAUGUGAACUGUGCAGGCUGGGAGUCAUCCAUCUUCCAGUGCAGACACAACGGCUGGGGUGUCCACAAUUGUGGCCACAGUGAAGAUGCUGGUGUUGUGUGCUCAGAUGCUGCCAACAUAACUACAGACAACCCCUUCAUCUCUAAUUCUUCAGAAUCAGCCACAUUAAAGUGCAGCCACAGCUGCUGGGGCGUCCACAAUUGUGGCCACAGUGGAGAUGCUGGUGUUGUGUGCUCAGGCACCACUGGUGCCACCAUCAGCCUGGUGAACGGCGGGAGCCGCUGCCAGGGUCGCGUGGAGAUUUCCCACUCUGGGGGCCGGGGCACUGUCUGUGAUGAUGGCUGGGACCUGAGCGAUGCCCAGGUGGUGUGCAGGCAGCUGGGAUGUGGAGAUGCUGUUUCUGCAACAUCAGGGGCCUACUUUGGACAAGGCAGUGGCAGCAUCUACCUGGACGAUGUGAACUGUGCAGGCUGGGAGUCAUCCAUCUUCCAGUGCAGUCACCGUGGUUGGGGCGUCCACAAUUGCGGCCACAGUGAAGAUGCUGGUGUUGUGUGCUCAGGUACCACUGGUGCCACCAUCAGCCUGGUGAACGGCGGGAGCCGCUGCGAGGGUCGCGUGGAGAUUUCCCACUCUGGGGGCCGGGGCACUGUCUGUGAUGAUGGCUGGGACCUGAGCGAUGCCCAGGUGGUGUGCAGGCAGCUGGGAUGUGGAGAUGCUGUUUCUGCAACAUCAGGGGCCUCCUUUGGACAAGGCAGUGGCAGCAUCUACCUGGACGAUGUGAACUGUGCAGGCUGGGAGUCAUCCAUCUUCCAGUGCAGACACAACGGCUGGGGUGUCCACAAUUGCGGCCACAGUGAAGAUGCUGGUGUUGUGUGCUCAGGUACCACUGUGCCUCAGAGUGCCACCAUCAGCCUGGUGAACGGCGGGAGCCGCUGCCAGGGUCGCGUGGAGAUUUCCCACUCUGGGGGCCGGGGCACUGUCUGUGAUGAUGACUGGGACCUGAGCGAUGCCCAGGUGGUGUGCAGGCAGCUGGGAUGUGGAGAUGCUGUUUCUGCAACAUCAGGGGCCUCCUUUGGACAAGGCAGUGGCAGCAUCUACCUGGAUGAUGUGAACUGCACAGGCUGGGAGUCAUCCAUCUUCCAGUGCAGACACAAUGGCUGGGGCAACCACAAUUGUGGCCACAGUGAAGAUGCUGGUGUUGUGUGCUCAGGUACCACUGGUUUGACUGCCUGUGCCACCAUCAGCCUGGUGAACGGCGGGAGCCGCUGCCAGGGUCGCGUGGAGAUUUCCCACUCUGGGGGCCGGGGCACUGUCUGUGAUGAUGGCUGGGACCUGAGCGAUGCCCAGGUGGUGUGCAGGCAGCUGGGAUGUGGAGAUGCUGUUUCUGCAACAUCAGGGGCCUACUUUGGACAAGGCAGUGGCAGCAUCUACCUGGAUGAUGUGAACUGCACAGGCUGGGAGUCAUCCAUCUUCCAGUGCAGACACAAUGGCUGGGGUGUCAACAAUUGCGGCCACAGUGAAGAUGCUGGUGUUGUGUGCUCAGCUGCCAGAAGCACAACUACAUUCAGCCCCAUCUCCGUUCCUUCAGGUGCCAGCAUCAGCCUGGUGAACGGCGGGAGCCGCUGCGAGGGUCGCGUGGAGAUUUCCCACUCUGGGGGCCGGGGCACUGUCUGUGAUGAUGACUGGGACCUGAGCGAUGCCCAGGUGGUGUGCAGGCAGCUGGGAUGUGGAGAUGCUGUUUCUGCAACAUCAGGGGCCUCCUUUGGACAAGGCAAUGGCAGCAUCUACCUGGAUGAUGUGAACUGCACAGGCUGGGAGUCAUCCAUCUUCCAGUGCAGUCACCGUGGUUGGGGCGUCCACAAUUGCGGCCACAAUGAAGAUGCUGGUGUUGUGUGCUCAGGUCCCACCGUCAGCCUGGUGAACGGCAGAAACCCCUGUGAGGGUCGCGUGGAGAUUUCCCACUCUGGGGGCCGGGGCACUGUCUGUGAUGAUGGCUGGGAUCUGAAUGAUGCCCAGGUGGUGUGCAGGCAGCUGGGAUGUGGCUCUGCUGUUUCUGCAACAUCAGGGGCCUCCUUUGGACAAGGCAAUGGUCGCAUCUACCUGGACGAUGUGAACUGUGCAGGCUGGGAGUCAUCCAUCUUCCAGUGCAGACACAAUGGCUGGGGCAACCACAAUUGUGGCCACAGUGAAGAUGCUGGUGUUGUGUGCUCAGAUGCCACCAUCAGCCUGGUGAACGGCAGAAACCGCUGCGAGGGUCGCGUGGAGAUUUCCCACUAUGGGGCCCGGGGCACUGUCUGUGAUGAUGGCUGGGACCUGAGAGAUGCCCAGGUGGUGUGCAGGCAGCUGGGAUGUGGAGAUGCUGUUUCUGCAACAUCAGGGGCCUCCUUUGGACAAGGCAAUGGCAGCAUCUACCUGGACGAUGUGAACUGCGUGGGAUCAGAAUCAUCCAUCUUCCAGUGCAGUCACCGUGGUUGGGGCGUCCACAAUUGUGGCCACGGUGAAGAUGCUGGUGUCGUGUGCUCAGGUCAAAAAAUUAUUUGUGGUGAUACACUUUUUAAGUCCUCUGGAACAUUUCAGAGUCCUUCUUUGAAGCCUUCAGAUGAAGCAGAUUGUUUGUGGCAAAUACAUGUAACAAACAAUUUCCUCAUUACACUCUCAUUUGAUAACAUUCAGUUGCAAGGUGGAUGCCAGAAUAACUAUAUUGAGAUCUAUGAUGGGCCACCCAAAUCUUCUCCUCUACUUGGAAGAAUUUGUUCUAGUUCUCAUCUCACAUACACCUCAUCUUCAAACUUCAUGUCUGUGAGAUUUUACUCCGCAUAUUCCAGUGGAAGUUUUAGGGCUCGGUAUCAGUCCCUGCCAGCAGACCAGAACACCACCCUUCUGUGCUUGCCAACCUACAUGUAUGCAGUGGUAGACAGACAUUAUCUCCAGUCCCAGGGCUACUCAGUGGGGAACAUCAGCCUGGCAGACCCUCAGUGUACACCAAAAAUUACAUCAACUGAGGUUAUAUUCAACAUUUCAUACAGUGACUGUGGUACAAGGAGACAGGGCAACAACGAAACAAUCACCUACUCCAACGUGAUUAAAGUGCCUGCUCCUGGCACAGUCAUCAAGAGGAAAAAGGACCUUCACUUCCACAUCAGCUGCAAAAUGCUGCAGAACACCUGGGUUCAGGUCAUGUACAUUGCUGAUGAUAUCAUCGAUGUCAACAAAACCCAGUAUGGCAGAUACGAAGUGAGCCUGACGUUCUACAACUCCUCAUCUUUCCAGUGGCCAGUGCAUGACUUCCCUUACUAUGUUGACAUGGACCAGAAUUUGUUCCUCCAAGCUUCUCUUCACAGUUCUGACCAAAAUCUGACCGUGUUUGUGGACACCUGUGUGGCAUCACCUAAUUCUAGUGAUUUUAGAACACUGGUCUAUGAAUUGAGCAAGAGUGGGUGUGCUAGUGACUCUACCUACUCUCUCCACCCCUCACCACGGAGCGACAUUGCUCGGUUUGGGUUUAACGCCUUCUCGUUCGUGAACCGCUUCCCAUCGGUGUUCCUGCGCUGCGAGCUGCUGGUGUGCAGGUACCGCGACUACCCCUCCCGCUGCUACCAAGGCUGUGUGAGCAGGUUCAGGAGGAAUGCAGAUUCUUCCCACGAGCAAGUGAAUGUUGUUGUUGGACCCGUGCAGCUUCGGGAAGCUCACGCUGAGAGCAGGAACGUUGGGCUGGCCUCUGACAUCCAGGCCAAAGGGGAGACCCUGAGCUCAGACUCUGCUGCCAGCUUCCACGUUCCUCUGGCUGUGACCAUCGUGGUGCUGGUUGCUGCUGCCCUCACAGUGGGAGGAUUUCUUUGGAAGAGGAAACUGCAGGAGGGCAUCCCAUACCAGAGACUGUGA